CCUUCAACGCUGUGCCUCAGUUCGCUUACUCUGGGUCUUGUGCUUGACAAGGUGUACCUGUCCUGUAUUUCUCCCCAUUAAUACCGACUCAAAAUGGCCACUACCAAGAUCUUUUCCAUCGAAGGAAAGAGCCUAAAGCUGGACACCGCCGCCGAUCUCGAACCUUACGUUGCAGAACUCCGUGCUCAGGAAGAUGUAGAGGAAGUUCGUCUUUUGGGAAACACACUGGGAGUCGGGGCUUGCAAGGCCCUCGGUGAGAUCCUCGCCACCAAGAAGAACCUCCGAGUCGCCAAUCUUGCCGAUAUCUUCACCGGCCGACUUCUCAAUGAGAUUCCCGAGGCUCUCUCAUCUCUUCUUACUUCUAUCCUAAACCUUCCGAAGCUGAAUACCAUCAACCUUAACGACAAUGCUUUCGGCCUAAACACCCAGGCUCCUCUCGUCGCCUUCCUAGCUGCCCACGUUCCUCUUCAACACCUAUAUCUCAACAAUAACGGUCUCGGUCCCCAUGCCGGCAUUCUUAUUGCUGACGCUCUUUCUGAGCUUUACGCCAAGAAAGAGGCCGCCAAGAAGGAUGGCCAAGAGGUGCCUGACCUUGAGACUGUCAUCUGCGGUCGUAACCGUCUUGAGAACGGCAGCAUGAACGCAUGGGCAAAAACCUACAGUCUCCAUAACAAGAUCCAGACUGUCAAGAUGGUCCAAAAUGGCAUUAGACAGGAGGGUGUUGCUCACCUGCUGAGCGAGGGUCUAAGCCAUGCCACUCAGCUGCGUGUCCUUGAUAUACAGGAUAACACUAGCACCCUCUUGGCUGCAAAAGCACUCGCUAAGGUUACUCCUAUUUGGACUGAGCUUCGUGAACUUGGCGUCGGUGACUGUAUUUUGUCAGCAAAAGGUGGUGUUCUCCUCGCCGAGGCUCUUGCGCAAGGCAAGAACACCAAACUUCAAACACUUCGCCUGCAAUUCAACGAUAUCACGUCCAAGGGCGUGAAGGCACUUGCUCAAGCUGCCCAGGACUCACUACCUGCCCUUCAACGUAUUGAGCUCAACGGUAACAUUUUCAGCGAAGAUGAUGAGUCUGUUGUUGCCCUGCAAGAGCUCCUUGAUGAGCGCAAGGAGAGCGCUGGUGGUGAUGUUGUCGUUGAGGACGAGUGGGGCGUCGACAGUCUCAGUGACCUGGAAAGCGAAGAUGAGGACGCAGAGGAUGAUGACGAUGAAGAGGAAGAAGAGGAAGACGUUGAAGAGAGAGCCGAGAAGCUCAUCAGAGACGCAGAGGAAGCCCAAGAAGAGCCUACUGUCCAGCUCAAGGAUCGUGCCGUUGACGAACUCGCAUCCAAGCUCGAUAAGACUUCCAUUUAGACAUGACAUGAAACGUUAAAAGAGGCGAGCAUCUGCAUAGAAAGUUAAUUAUAUAUAUAUAUUGGAUUUUAUGAGACAAACGAUAUAGUUUGUGCGCUGUAGCUAGCAACAGCAAUACCCCCGUAUUAAAAAGAUGCUGAUUAGAAAGUUGUAAAUGCAAGACGUUAACAUAUGCACAAUGAUUUUGGCUAUUAUAAGGUAUGUCACAUGCUCGAGAAGCGAUACUUGAGUAGAACGACUGAAAAGUCAGAUGGACAGCCGUCAAGUUUGCAAAGAAUCAACGGCACAAUUCCAUCCGAACAAUACACAACAUUUCCAAUGGGUCGUUUAAUAUAGUUUGUAAAACCAGUAUCUGGUAGAACAAAUCUUACAAAACAGAUGUAUUGUAUAUUCCAUAUAUGGGUAUAAGCGGAGAGUUUUCUCGCAAAACAAAUAAACGUAGCCGCUCCAAAACCGCAUAAAAACAAAACUAUGGGUAUCACUGAUGCGACCUUUGGCAAUAUCACUUCUCCAGCGAUUACAAACCUGUGAAUUCAGGUCUUCUAAAUCUCAACAAGCCGAUAUCUGCUCAAUCACCACAUCCAUGGCAUUCUAAUCCAGCCAUAGCCACAUAGGCGUUCGUCUAUCUAGUGAUAUCUCGACGCCUAUUAUGACUUUGAUAUUGUCAUCCUUCCUCAUUGCAUUUCAUCCAUUGCAUCGUUUGUGCUUCCAGCACCUCUAAAAUGUUCAAAGGCACCAUACUGUGUUGCCAUUUCCAUCUGUUGUUGUUGGCGGAGAUAGUCAGCACCAAGGUAUACAGGGUCCAUCGCGCGGGAGUAUUUGGAUCCGCUGUGAGGUGAGGCUUGGUGGGUAUAUUCGCUUUCCGUUUGCCGGUUAUCUUCCAUCAUCUCUUCGUAGCCAGACAUCAUAUAGGGUUCAGUGUCAACAGUGUUCUGGAGCCAGCGACCGUCGUUGAGCUGCUGAAGGUCUCCUGCUGAAGCAAGAGGUACUUGUUGCGACUGCUCGUAUCUUGCUCUGGCUAACUGUUCUUCCUGUUCAACACUAGUGCUGCUCCAUGCUAGUGACGCUAUGUUUUCAGCGCCAUUUGGGGGGCAAAUAGCCCAGAGCUCAAUUAGCCUCUUUUGCUGGUCCUCGUGGGCUAUACGGAAUAGUUGAAGCUGGGAAGGAGUAAGCACACUGGGGUCCACGCCAUGUCUCUUGAGAAUAAUUUCGGCAACCACCAUGUCAGUUACUGCAGGAAGAGACGAGCGACGCUGGGUUUCGCGCUCAGGUUGAGCUGAUGUCUGAGAGGGUGGUUGAGCAACAUGGGACGAAUGAGUAUAAUGUUGGGAUGCCGAAUAGAUUAUCUGCUUCGCAGGUGACGGUGGUGGAGGUUGUUGGUUCUGUAUCUGUUGUUGGAGAAGUUGCUGGUGCCUCUGGUAAUCGGUCUGUUCCUGAACAAGCGCGGCUUGUUGUUCGGGGUUGAACGUUAGGUUGCGGGAGAAGAGAGAAAUGAGCUCAUCAGGAAUCUGAACUAUUGUCUGAGGGGCAGACUGAACGAAAGCCAUCUU